AUGAGUGGUAGAGAUGCUGUCUACGUGCUGCUCCUCGCCGCAGUGCCCGCCCUCAUUCUCCUCCAUUUGGUCGUUGCGCCAUACACUAAGGUAGAGGAGUCUUUCCAUAUACAAGCCAUUCAUGAUAUUCUGGCAUACGGGAUUCCCACGAGCAAUGUCAGCGAGACACUUCGUGCGGAUUAUGACCAUUUCACCUUUCCUGGUGCUGUUCCUCGGACAUUCGUCGGCGCCGCGCUGCUGACCGGUCUGGCGCGGCCGUUCAUUGGGCUGCAGCACUCUGUCGACAGGCAAUUACUUGUUCGAGCUAUCUUAGGUCUAUUUAAUGCCGCUUCGUUGCUGUCAUUUGCGGGAGGUCUACGGCGUACUGCCGGCAAGACCACUGCCAUCUGGUACCUUUUGUUCCAGAGCAGCCAAUUUCACGUUCUAUACUAUGCGUCGCGGACGCUCUCAAACAUGUUCGCAUUUGGGAUGACCACCCUAGCUUUGCGUUACCUUCUUCCAGAGCCAUCACUGUCUACCGCAGCGUAUCGAAGGCGCUCGCGACUCGCUCUGUGUCUGCUGACAGUAGCUGGCAUUAUCUUUCGCUCUGAGCUUGCCAUCUUCCUCGCAACCAACACGAUCUUCCUCUUCGCGACCCGCCGUAUCAGCAUCCUGCACGAGAUCAUUCCCGCCGGGAUCGUGGGCCUUGUCAUCGGCCUAACCACGACUGUGGUCGUGGAUUCUUUCUUCUGGCAGCAAUUUCCCCUGUGGCCCGAAUUCGAGGCGUUCAAGUUCAAUGUCAUCCACGGUCAAGCGUCAGCCUGGGGCAUUGACCCGUGGUACUUUUACUUCAUCAACGCCGUUCCUCGUCUCCUCCUCAACCCUCUGACUUAUCUUGUUGGCAUUCCCAUCUCGCUUCUGCAACCCGCCACCCGCUCCGUCGCAGCAUCUCUCCUCAUUCCAUCUCUUGUUUUCCUCGCCAUCUACAGCGCCCAGCCCCACAAGGAAUGGCGUUUCGUCAUCUAUACCAUCCCUGCCCUCACCGCGGUCUCCGCUCAAGGCGCCUCCUACAUCUGGACACAUCGCGCCAAAUCAAUAAUCUACUGUCUCCUCUCCCUGGCCCUGCUAGCCUCAACCCUAGCUUCCUUCAUCGUCUCCACUUUCGUCCUUCUGCCCGCCUCCUCCGCCAACUACCCCGGCGCACACGCCCUCCACGCCCUCCACAACCAUGCUAUCCCUCCCUCAGACAACGCCGCCAAUGUAUCAGUUUACCUUGGCAAUCUGGCCUGCCAAACUGGCGUGACCCGCUUCCUCCAGUUCCCCACCAGUCAGUCCGACUCGCCAAUCUGGAACUACGAUAAAACCGAAUCCCCUCUCCUCAAGUCGGACCCUACCUUCUGGUCCCACUUUGACUAUGCCCUAGUCGAACCCGGCGAGGAAGCCGAGCUCGUCCUGUCUUCCUCUGGGGCUGAGAAAUGGCGUCCCAUUGAUAGUGUUCCCGGCUUCGCAGGACUCCGUGUCCUCCGGCCUGGCGAUGAAGCUAUCGGUACUGUUGAAAGGAAUUUCCUGGGGUAUGUUGUGGGAGACAGAGGUGUCGAGAUUUGGAGCAGAGUUCGCGAGCUCGCUCGACGAAUGGUCACGCGGGGAUGGUGGGUGGAGGUCAGAAUGGAGAGCAAGAUCCUGAUCCUUGGGAGAGAUGGUGUUGAGAAUGUUUGA